AUGAAUCCAAUUAUUCAAAUAUUUUUAUCACCAGUUUUAACAAUCCAUGAAAUCAAUAAGUUUAUAUUCUUUAAUACUGUUUACAUACCCGUAAGUUUAGUAUUUACAAUAUGUUUAUAUAUUCCAUUUAUAAAAUUACCAAUUUUGAAACCGUUAAUUUAUCUCCUUGAAUUAGAAAAUUUUGAAAUUUUUGAAGAUAUAUCAUGGAUUAAAACUCAAUUUGAAUUAUUUUUAAUAACUACUUUACAUUUUAUAAUUUGUUCAAUUUAUAUUGGGAUUGGAAUUGGAGUAAUUUCUGGUUUGAAUUUAUCAACUAUUCAAUUUAUAUUUAGUUUAUCAAUACCUGAAGAAAUUAAAAACUUUGAGCAAAUAUGGGAUGAAAAGGCAAAUAAUAUGUUAAUCGAUCCACCACGAAUUAAAAAAGAAGACGAAGAUGUAGGAGUUAAUAUUAAAUUAGAACCACAACCAGUUGCUCCUGUAACUGCAAAAGAUAAAAUUAAAUUAAAAAUGUUGGAAAAUAAAAAAGAGAAAGGUAUAAUUGAAGAAAUUCCAGUUGGUUUUGAAGAUGAUGAUGGGUAUUCUUAUUUAAGAAGACGUAAAAAUGGUGAAGGUGAAAAUGAGGAUGAAAGAGCUGGAAAUAGUUUUGAAGAAUAUCGUCCAAUUGCUGAAUCCACAAGCAGAAAUAUUAAAAUUGAACCUGUAUCUUUGUCAAAUAUUGAUGAAGAAACAGAAACUAGUGAAGGAACUGAAGAAAUCGAAGAAAAUAAAAAUAUUGAAGCUAAUGAAACUGAAGAUGAAAAUAUUAAAGAGUCAGACAUUAAUCAAGAAUUCUCGAAUGAAAAUGAAAAUGAUGAAACAAUUACCAAAAAUACACUGUUAUGA